GUUAUACAUCGUCGAAGGAAUAUCAGUUCGUAGGAAUCGAGCUCGAGAAAGAGUAGCGGGGCAAGAAACUGCCAGCUCAUCAAGCCGCAGACAUCUCUACCAAGCAGGGACCUCUCUCGUCCUCGAUAUCGGACACAGCCACCAAGCACAGACACAGAACAGACCCAGGAGACAGAAGUGAAGAUGCCUCUCAGAUCGGAUCUGCAGCUCGAUGCGAAGCUGUUCCGCUCGGACCAGGUCAGCGAGCAAACUGCCAAGUUCAAUGCUCAAUUGGGAGAAAUCAUGAAGAGUGGGCCGAAGUGGUAUGAGGUCGGAGCCGAAAAAUACCGACAAAUGCGCUGGAACGGAGAGACGCCCCUCCCCAAGCCCCGCGUACUCGACUCCGCUCAAACCGGCACCAUCCCCUCCCGCGAUGCAGGCCGCAACCUUCCCACCCGCAUCUUCCGCCCUUCCUCUGGCGCCGCGCCCAGAUCCCUCUUCCUCCACAUCCACGGCGGCGGCUGGGUGCUCCAAUCGGAAGCCUACCAAGACAUAAUGCUGCAAUCCUACGCAGACCGCUCUUCUCUCCUCGUCAUCUCCGUCGGGUAUCGUCUCGCUCCCGAGGACCCGUACCCGAAGGGCAACGAGGACUGUUACGAUGCCGCGGGGUGGUUGGUGGAUCACGCGAAGGAGGAGUUUGGAGUCGAGUUGGAAUUCAUUGGAGGAGACUCCGCGGGAGCGCAUUUGAGUGCGCUGACGUGUUUCUGGUUGAUGGAGAAUCGAAGGGAGUGGAAGGGAAAGGGAUUGGUUUUGAGUUUUGGAGCGUUUGAGUUGAGUGGGUUUUUGCCGCAUGUCCACAAUAUCGAAGCACCUGUCGUGAUUGAUCACGAUAUUAUGACCAAAUACAUCGAAGCCUACCUGCCGAACAGAACCGCCGAACAACGCCGCGAUCCAUGGAUCAGCCCUCUUUACGCCGACUUGGCUAAGAUGAAUUUGCCACCAGCCCUUUUCCUCUGCGGCACCGCCGACCCGCUCCUCGACGACAGCGUCUUCAUGUCCGCGAAGUGGGCCAUGUCGGGCGCAGAGAGCAUACUCAAGAUCUACCCGGGAGGAUGCCAUGGAUUUACAUUCUUCCCCGUGGGACAGACAGAAACGACGGAAGCUGCGUUGAAGGACAUCGAGACUUUUGUCACGGAAAGGCUGUAGAUCUGAAUGACCCAUGAUACUGUAGACUGAAAGGAUGGGGCGUGCGCUACUGAGGCGUCAAGGUAUACGACCUACACAUUUUUUGG